AUGAUAAUUGAUACGACAGAAGUACAAACUAUCAAUUCUUUUUCUACAUCGGAAUUUUUAAAAGAAGUGUAUGGACUAAUAUGGAUUGUACCCAUUUUGACCCUUAUAUUGGGAAUCACAAUAGGGGUACUAGUAAUUGUGUGGUUAGAAAGAGAAAUAUCUGCAGCGAUACAACAACGUAUUGGGCCUGAAUAUGCUGGCCCGUUGGGAAUUCUUCAAGCUAUAGCGGAUGGGACUAAACUACUUUUUAAAGAGGACCUCCUCCCAUCUCGAGGAGAUAUUCGUUUGUUUAGUGUGGGACCGUCUAUAGCGGUUAUAUCAAUUCUACUAAGUUAUUUAGUAAUUCCUUUUGGGUAUCGUCUUGUUUUAGCCGAUCUCAGUAUAGGUGUUUUUUUAUGGAUCGCCAUUUCCAGUAUUGCUCCUAUUGGGCUUCUUAUGUCAGGAUAUGGAUCGAAUAAUAAAUAUUCCUUUUUAGGUGGUCUACGAGCUGCUGCUCAAUCUAUUAGUUAUGAAAUACCAUUAACUCUAUGUGUGUUAUCAAUAUCUCUAUUAUCUAACAGUUCAAGUACAGUUGAUAUAGUUGAAGCACAGUCAAAAUAUGGUUUUUGGGGGUGGAAUCUGUGGCGUCAGCCUAUAGGAUUUAUUGUUUUUCUAAUUUCUUCUCUAGCCGAAUGUGAGAGAUUGCCCUUUGAUUUACCAGAAGCGGAGGAGGAAUUAGUAGCAGGUUAUCAAACCGAGUAUUCGGGUAUCAAAUACGGUUUAUUUUAUCUUGCUUCUUACCUAAAUUUAUUAGUUUCUUCAUUAUUUGUAACAGUUCUUUACUUAGGUGGGUGGAAUUUAUCUAUUCCGUAUAUAUCCAUUCCUGAGCUUUUCGGAAUAAAUAAAAUCGCUGGCAUUUUUGGAAUGACAAUGGGUAUCCUUAUUACAUUAAUUAAAGCUUAUUUGUUUCUCUUCAUUUCUAUCACAACAAGAUGGACUUUACCUAGGAUGAGAAUGGACCAGUUAUUAAAUCUUGGAUGGAAAUUUCUUUUACCUAUUUCUCUAGGUAAUCUGUUAUUAACAACUUCUUCCCAACUUGUUUCAUUAUAA